ACGUCAUUGGUUCACGUUGCCGAGUGUCGUCGAUAUUUCGAUAGUUUGAUGCCAGUGACAAAUGUGUAAUGAAGAGGGCGUAGAUCUACCCCAGAAUUGUGCGAUACGAAACGGCAAUUACUAGCGACCAGCAAAGUUAAUAUUUGCUCUCGUUCGCCACUCGUGAGGAAAGAUGUCAGAUACAACGGGAAUCACCCAGGGAAUGGGUAAUCCUUACAAAAUAGUCGAUCAUACCAGGGAGCGAAGAAAGGGCAUCACCGCUUCGUCGCUGAAGGAGCUGACCAACAUUGCACGUAAUCGUCUGGCACUACCCGUGGACGCAGAUCUGACAAUCGUACUCGAGCAGGAUGGAACAGAAGUAGAUGAUGAAGAAUAUUUCGCUACAUUAGAAAGGAAUACAAGCUUGAUGGUGUUACAUGGUGAUCAAAAAUGGAUCGCUGCGGGGAGUAGCACGACGGCAUCCCGUUAUAUCGUUGUAGACGACGUAGAUGCGGAAGGUGGUUCAAGAACUGAUAAAAUUCGACGGCGACGGACGCCUAUAGAGCCUCUAGUAUCGUCGCUGCAUGGUGAUCCAUCGCAUAUCUCGCUCCUUGGAGGAAACGAUCUGGAAUUACUUAGCGAUAUGGAUCCCGACAGUUUAGCCGAUAUAGUGCCUGAUAGACUUUUCCUCGAGCAGCUGAAGGAAGCUUCAGGUAGAUUUCUGGCGGAGAAGCGACAAGCACAAGAAUCUAUGGCCCUUCUUCAGAUGUACGCAAGUGGUGGUGAGAUGGAGCGAGCGUAGGCCAUGUGGGGGGUGGGCGCCCUCACAUUGGCUAAUAUGUAUAGAGUGCGACGUCGCAUAUUCUAUAAAGGUCGUCAACUGCAACAAACUUUAAUCCUAUUCUGGAAUUGAGCCCAUUUAAAUUUUUGUUUACAAUAGAAAGUGUAACUGAGAACAUACACACAAGUAUUAGUUGUUACCAAAGUUGACACGUAAGAAGUGUCAAUGAUGAUCUUGUAUUCUCUCUCUUGUUCGAAGAACAUGAAGAAGAAUCAGAGACAAGAGAAAACACUGUACAGAAAUAAACACAAAUAACUUGUAUUAUU